AAAAUCCCGCGCCGCUCGCCCUGCAACCGCAAACCACAUCCCCCGCGCUUCCCCACCAACCCAAGCAGAUAGCAUUCCGUCGAACACCUCACCUCACCUGCCUCCAAUGGCCACCGCCACCACCGCAUCCCUCUCCCCCGCGGCCGGCAAGCGGUUCGUCCUCUCCUGCCCGUCCCUCUCAUUCUCCUCUCACCGCCUCGCCGCCCCCGCCGGGCCCGUGCACCGCCUCCGAGCCGCCGCCGCCGCCGCCUCGAGGGCGGCGCCAAGCAGGAGGCGGCGGGCGUCCCGCGUCGCGGCGACCAUCGCGGUGGGCGACAAGCUCCCCGACGCGACGCUGUCCUACUUCGACCCGGCCGACGGGGAGCUGCGGACCGUGACGGUGACGGAGCUGACGGCGGGGAAGAAGGCCGUCCUCUUCGCGGUGCCGGGCGCGUUCACGCCCACGUGCUCGCAGAAGCACCUCCCGGGGUUCGUGGAGAAGGCGGCGGAGCUGCGGGCGAAGGGGGUGGAGACCCUGGCGUGCGUGUCGGCGAACGACGCGUUCGUGAUGAAGGCGUGGAGGGAGUCGCUGGGGGUGGCCCCCGACGCCGUGCUGAUGCUGUCGGACGGCAACCUGGAGCUGACGCGCGCGCUGGGCGUGGAGAUGGACCUCUCCGAUAAGCCCGUCGGGCUGGGCGUGCGGUCGCGGAGGUACGCGCUGCUGGCGGAGGACGGCGUGGUCAAGGUUCUCAACCUCGAGGACGGCGGCGCCUUCACCAGCAGCAGCGCCGAGGACAUGCUCCAGGCGCUCGGGUGAGCAAUGCAAGCCCGUCGGCGUCUUCUUGUCGUCGGCUUGCAAAUAGUAAGAAUCGACGGGCCGUGUCUGUCUCCUUCGACCCGACUACCCGAGAGCAUCUUGUCGUCGUCGCCGCUGUGGAGAGCUCUCUUUUUUUUUUUUUUUGUUCAGCGUCUCGUGCCAUUCCCAGUCCCAUGUUCGAUGAAAUGUCAGUUGAGAUCAUCGACACAUGCUUAGGCGGCCCAUGCUUUGUGGUGGGCCGGCGUUGUCGUUGUAUCAAGUAGUUUAGGAGGCCCAUGCUUGUUUAUAGUGGGCCGUGCGCGCGAGGCUAGAGUUCAGCACAGCCCAUCAGCGCGACAAUACCCACCACCGGUGAGCCAUCCAAUCCAAGACUGUGCACCACAUUUCGUCUCAA